AUGGCAGCUAAGGGUCUCGUCGGGGAGUUCUGCAGCGAAACGACUUGUCCCAUCUGCCUGGAGUACUUCAAAGACCCUGUGACUGUAGACUGCGGGCACAAUUUCUGCCAGAUCUGCCUGACGCGGCACUGGACAGAGUCAGACAAAAACUCCUGCUGCCCGCAUUGUAGACAGAAGAUUCAGCAAAGGAGUUACAGGCCAAACCAACAGCUAGCAAAUCUUGUUGAGCUGGUCAAGAAACUCCAAGAAGGAAGCAACAAAGAGUGCAAGAGUGGAGUGUGUGAGAGGCACCAGGAGCCCCUGAAGCUCUUCUGCAAUGACGAUCAAGUCUCCAUCUGUGUGGUCUGUGAUAGAUCCGAGGAACACCGAAAUCACAGUGUGUAUCCUAUGGAAGAGGCUUCCCGAGAGUACAAGGGGAAAAUUGAGGUCUUUCUGGAGACUCUGAAGAAAACACUAGAAAAUCUUUUGGCCUGGAAAACUUCUGAAGAGCUUGGAAGGGAGGAAAGACUGAAACAAGUGGAAAUAGAGAACGAGAAGGUCAGUUGUGCCUUUGAGGGAAUGCAGCAGUUUCUGGAGGAGAAACGGCACUUCUGGCUGGCUCAGCUGAAGGAGAUGGAGAAGGAGAUAGAGAAAAGGCGGGAAGAAGACAUCACCAAAUUCUCCGAAAAGCUUUCCCAACUCAGCCAGCUGAUCUCAGAGAUGGAGGAGAAGUGCCGGCAGCCGGCGAGUGAAUUUCUGCAGGACAUCAAAAAUGCUUUGAGCAGAUAUGGAGAACAUUUGGCACAGUAUGAACUGGACCUUUGUCCCAAUACAGAAGAGAGAUGCAGGAUUAUGUCUCUGAAAAAAUCUGUUUUACAAAAGGCUGUGGAGAGCUAUAAAGAGACUCUGGAGCAAGUUUUGAAUCCCUCCAAGUUGGAACAAGCUCUAAAAGCAGAUUCUCUGAUGCAAGUCGUGAACAAAGUGAACGUGAUUCUGGAUGUACACACAGCUCAUCCCCACCUCACGGUGUCUGAGGAUAUGAAGAAUGUGAAAUUAGGGUCGAAAAAGAAGAGUGAAUGGUGGAAGAAGAACAUGCUUGAUAGCCCAAUGAGAUUUGAGUGGGACCCCUGUGUGCUGGGCUAUGAGAAAUUAAUAGCAGGGGUCCAUUGGUGGUUGGUAGAGGUGUCAGGGGUCGGAAGCUGGGCCGUGGGAGUCACAGUAGAUGUGGUGCGGAAGGGCAGUACACGCCUUAAUCCUAAUGAGGGGAUCUGGGCCGUGGGGAAGCCAUACUGUGACACCUUCUCGCCCUAUGACAUCUUGGCAUUAACUUUCCCUGAGCCGACCCCUUUGAGGUUGAGUAAAGAUCUCAAGAAGAUUCUCUUAGUCCUGGAUUAUGAGGAGGGCCGGGUGGAUUUUUUUGAUGCGGAUUCCAACGGCCUUAUCUUCACUUUCCAUACAGAAACCUUCUGUGGGGAGAGCAUCCGACCCUUUUUUCAGGUGCGGGAGUGCGGGUUGAGUCUGACGUGCUAAAUCUUAAGAACUCCCACUUUCAUCAGUCCACACACCACCACCGUCAGCCUGUUCUAAAAUAGGUGUCCC